UGUCAAACAUCAAAACAAAUUUUGUGGGAACUUAGCAAAUAUGUGAUUUUCGUUCUGUAGUUUUUUUCUAUUAAUUUUCUUAUCAAUUUCACAAAGGAGUGUUUCGAUUUAUAUCCUAUAUGGUGCAAGUGCAACUCUCUGUGGUUGUUGUGUGAGGGCAUACAUUGCGAUAUUGAAAAUGUGUUGUAAUUUGUGAUAAUUAUAAGCGAAAAGUGUGUGUUGAAACAACUGGCCUCUGUGAGUAAACGUCUUUAGCACAAAACAACACAUACGGCUUGUGUGAACAAGCCAAAGGGAAACUUUCACAAUCAAAACAAAAAGGAUCAGAAAACAACACUGUAACGCAGUAACAGGAUUAAAGCGGCAUAAGUAAAAGUGAUUGCAGUGUAUGUAAAUUCCGGCAAAGCGUGUAUAGACGCCCACCCACACACUACAAUAACCCGAGCAAAAAUGUCCACAGAAGAGCCGAUUUGGCGUCAGUGUAUCGCUAAUCGCUUACGCGACAGAAAUCGCAAUGAAACCAGAGGAAAAGAGAUUAUACUGCAAAAUAACCGUUUAAUAGAUCAGGCUUCUCAACUGAAAGCAGAAAAUUUAAAAAUUUCCGUUGAAAAUGAGCAACUGCGCACAGCACUUUCAACAGGUGGCGGUAAAGAUGCUACCGGCGCACAAUUAGCCAUUGCAGCGCUGGAGAAGAAACUUUUGGCACAACAGGAAGAAUUGACUGAUUUACAUAAACGUAAAGGCGAAAAUUCUCAAAUGAUUGUUGAUUUAAAUCUCAGCGUGGAGAAGCAGAAAAAGCAGAUAGCGGAAAAAGAUCUAAUUAUUAACGAACAACGAUCGGCCAAUAAUUCAUUACGCGCAGAAGUAGAAAUGCUGAAAUCCAGUUUGGAUCAGUUAAAGAAACUUAAUACGACAUUGCUAGAUGAACAUACUGCGCUUCAAUUGGCGUUCAGCUCUUUGGAGGAAAAACUGCGUGGUGUGCAGGACGAGAAUCGCUGCCUUCUGGAGCGUUUGAUGCGCUACAAGUCGAAGGAUGCCGACAAAUUGAACGAGGAGAACGAGAAUUUCCUUAGAAAACGACUGCCGUCAAUUUUCAGAAAACGUUCGGACAAAUUGAAACGUGAUCUCGAAGACGCCGUCCGCGAACCCAACUCACAGCAUCGCAAUUCGGGUAGUCCCUCGCAAUUGGGCGGAGACGACGGCGAUAACAUUUCGUUGACAGCUGGCGGCAAUAACGGUGCAGUCGGCGGCAUUGACUAUUACAAUCUCGAUGAAAUGUUGGGUCCGCUGCAUGAGCCCAACUUGAAUCCGUGUUUAGUGUCUUCCUCAAUACCAACAACAAUAUACAUGAAAUUCGAAGCGCACGACAAUGAGUCGCAUGCGGUGCGCUGGAGUCCGGUUGAACGCCUCGUGGCGACCGGCGGCGGCGAUCGCAAAGUAAAACUCUGGGAUGUGGGGAAAGUGGCGCAGGAGCCGCGCGCAGUUUUGGGCGGCAGCAGUGCCGGCAUAAAUUCCGUGGACUUCGACUCGACUGGCACUUACAUACUGGGUACCUCAAAUGAUUAUGGCGCGCGUGUGUGGACGGUGGCGGAUAGUCGUUUAAGGCAUACGCUCACCGGUCACAGCGGCAAGGUGAUGGCUGCCAAAUAUCUGCAUGAACCCGUCAAAGUGGUGACCGGCAGUCAUGAUCGUACACUGAAGAUUUGGGAUCUGCGCAGCAUAGCCUGCAUCGAGACGAAAUUCGCCGGCUCCAGUUGCAACGAUCUGGUGACCACCGACAGCCUGGGCUCGACGAUCAUCAGCGGUCACUAUGACAAGAAGCUGCGCUUCUGGGACAUCAGAACGGAGAAGCAGGCGGACGACAUACUGUUACCAGCGAAGAUCACAUCGAUUGAUAUGUCAAAGGAUGGCUAUUACCUAAUAUGUUCCAUUAGAGAUGAUACAAUAAAACUGUUAGACUUACGUAAAAAUCAAAUAAUUGGAUCGUUUUCUCAUGAAAAUUUCAAACUCAGCUGUGAUUGGGCGCGAGCCUCAUUCAAUACGUGCGGUUCGAAGGUGGCCUGCGGGUCGGCCGAUGGUUUAGUUUAUAUUUGGAAUGUAAUGGGUGAAUUGGAGGCGACGCUGAAAGGUCACACUUAUGGUUCCGGUUUCUUUCACAGCUCGGCGGUGAACGCGGUCAGUUGGUGCCCCAACAGCAAUGCGCUGGCCUCCGUGGGUAAAGGCAAACGCUGCAUCAUUUACACCGAAUCGUAGCCGCGAAGCGAGCGGCAAUGACAGCCGACGAGGCGACAACAGCAACAACUGCAGACACAGCGGCGCGGGGCGGACAACAUGGCUAAGUGGCAGCUAUUGUUUGGCAGCGGUUGCAAGUGGAAGCAACCCUGCAAGCAAGGCGCAAUUUACAUUGUAACAAUAACAACAAAAACAACAACUACAAGGUGUGAAAGUUUCGGUGCGAGUGCGUGGGCGUUCGGCAAUUGGCGUUUGUGGGGGGUGAAGCAUGCAACUCAAGAAAGUCAUUGUGUGUUUUGCAAUGUUGCAAGUAGUUUUUUUAUAUGUUUUAGUUAUAAGUAAUAUUUGCUUGCAGCGCAAAGUGGCAGUAUAGAGAAUUGUUGUUGUGCAACAGCAGCAAACCUAAAGUCAAUGUUUAGCAAUUAUAACAACAAAAAUGGCAAAUAGUCACGUAGUUACAAGUAAAGUGCGCUGAAUUUAUUAUAUAAAAAUGAAAAAUAUAAAAAAGUUUUGUAUUUGUAAAAAUUAAUAGUUAACUAUAAUAAGCAAUUCUUUCGGUAUAUGUAUAUUUGCAAUAAUUUUUGUAAAACGUGUUGAUAAAUUUUAAUAACGUAUUAGAAAUUGCCUGGAGCAAAUUACCUUAAUGUGGACAUUAAAAUUUGAACAUUUGGAAUUUUAUAAAUUUUAUAAAAAUAUUACGACUGCUGGUUGACAGCUAAAAUUAUGUAUAUUUUUUAAUCAAAUGAUUAAAUUUACUGAGAAUUUAAUAAAAAUUGAAUUUAGUUUUGGCUAGUGAGUCAAGCGCCUAAAAGUAUAUUUUUCACAAAAUAAAAAUAUUUUUUUUUGAUUAUAAAAAUUAAUUGCAAAAAUUAAUUUAAAAACAAAACUUAAUUGAAAUUCAAAAUUAAUAGAAAAAACAUUAAUUAAUUGAAAUUAAAAAAUUAAUUAAAAAGGCGAAAAAUUAAUUAUUUAAUUACAAAAAUUAAUUAAAAUUAAUUAAUUAAAAAAAUUAAUUAGGUGAUUAAGUCUAAUUAAUUAAUUAAUUUUUGUGUUCAUAAGGACACAAUAAUAGGCAAAACAUGAUUAUGAUUAAAAACAAAAAUAAAUUAAAAUGGAUUAUUUUUUUAAAUUAAUUAAAAUGAAGCAUAGAAAAAAUACAUGACAAAACCGCAGUUAUAUUUUCGGUAAUCGAAUUGAAACGUUUGCGAAAUUUAUUAAACGAAUUUUUAAUGUAACAUUCAUAUGUAUAUGUACAUAUAUGUAUGUAUGUAUAACAUUUUUUGCGUCUAAAAGUAUGCUAAAAAAUAUACUACAACUUAAAUCAAUUAAAAUUUAAUUUGACUAAAGAAAUUUUUAUUUUAUUUGAUUAUAUUUUUUUAUAAGGACAAACAUUAAAAAAAAAAUUUGGAUUAAAAAAUUAAGCGUAAUGUAUUUUUUAAUUAAUUAAAAGGAGAAUGAGAAAAAUUAUGAAAAGAAAUCUAAAACUAUGUUUUUUUAUCUGAAGCGUUUUUUUUAAAUAUCAAACUAAUAUUUUAUUUUAUAUUAUUUUUAUUUUUACCAGUAGGUCACGCGCCUAAAAGCAUGUAAAAAAAAUUAUACAAAUGUAUCUUAAUUUUAUUUGAUUGCAGAAUUAGCAACUAUAAUUGUUUAUUUACAAAGUAAAAGAAAAAAUAUAUUUUAUGCAAAUUUUAUUACACAAUAAUAAAAAAAAUAUUUUUUUUGCCCUUAAAAAAAUUAAAAUUCAUUAUUCAAAAAAAAAAAAUUGAAAUUCAUAGAUUUUUUUUUCAUUUUUUAUUUCAUAAAUUUUUUUUGUUUAAUUUUUUAUUCUAAAAUUCAACUUUUUGGAUUUUUUUUUUAUAAAAAUAAAUAAAUUAAUUUUUUUUACAACAAAAAUUAUAAUUAUAAUUUAACCCAUUAAUUUAACCAAUUUUUGUUAUUAUUUUUCUUAAAUUUAGCUUUUUCAAAUUUUUUUUUAAAACCUAAAUUUUUUACCAAACAAUCAGAAAAAUAAUGUUAUGCCUUAAAAUAAUAAAAUUAAAAUUCAUUAUUUAAUUUUAAAUUUUUAUUUUUUUUCUGUUUUUUUUAAUAAAAAUAAAUAAAUUCAAUUUUUUACAACAAAGAUUAUAAUUAUAAAUGUUUUUAACUAAGCAACAAAAAGAAAACUUAUGUAAUGAAUAUUUAUUAAUUUUUUGAUUUUUUUUUUUUUGGGAAAAUUUAAUUUAUUCAAUUUUUUUUAUUAAAAUGUAAGUAAAUUAAAACUGUUUUACCACAAAAAUUAUAAUUAUAAUUGUCCUUAAAAAACAAAAAUUAAAAAUCAUUAGUUUUGUUUGCUCUUCCAGCAGUUUUUAAUACAAUAAAAUGUACAAGUUUUCAUUACUUCAAAUAUAAAAAAAAAAUUAUGAAAAAAGAACUACAGUGCUGAUAAAAUAUUUUUCGCCACUCACAAAGUUACUUUCCUUCAAGGACUAUGCUCGUUCGCUGGCAUGCAAAAGAAAAAAAGAAAGUGCAUACAGUUAUGCUACUAAAAUACAGUUAUACUACUAAAACAUACAUAUGCAUAUAAAUAUAUUUGCAUAAGCAAAUGCAUAUGAAGAAAGCUUUUUAGGGUAAUUUGUUAAUGAAAGGCGAACGCAGAGCCGUGAUUAUGUAAGCAUCACCUUUCUAUACUCUUUUCAAUUAUUAUUGUAGUUUUUUUUAUAAACACAUACACACAGAUACGCACACAUACAUGCGAUUGCUAUGUAUGCUAAUUAUAAGCUAAUAUUUUACGCAUAAAAUUAAUUGCUUUUGAUUACCUAUAAAUUUAAACAUACAUACAUACAUACAUACACCUAAAUAUGUAAAAGUAAAUAAAUGAAUUUGUAAAUGCUUGUAAUCGUAAAAAUCAGUUUGUAAGCUCGAAAUUAUAAGUUUUUGUAAUACAUACAUAGAUAUACAUAUAUAUAUAUCAUGAAAAUAUUUUUAUUUGCCAUUUUGUAAGAGCCAUUUCAGGGUUAAGCACUACUUGAUUACAGUAAUAAAUAAUUAUACAUGCUAAAUGUGUGGCAAAAUA